AUGUCAACUGAACAACAACAACAACAACAACAACAAUCUAAUCAUGAAUCUCAAUCAUCGAAGGAAACUUCAAUAAAGACCACUGUACCACUACCAUCUCUUGCUGAUUUUCUACAUUGUUAUGUUCCAAUUACACGAUGUCAAGUUAAUGCAGAUAUUCUUAUUCCUGGUAGAAAUGAUCAAGAAAAUCUAGGCGUACAACUCCAUCAGAAAUGA